AUGACGUGGCCGCCCAAUGACGCGGAGCCACAGGAGCAAGAGGAGUCGACGGCAAUUCGGCGACAGAAUCUCCAUCACGGCUGCCCCUCACCAAAGCGGCCACGCACUGCCCCUCCAUCGAGGAGUCCGACACCCGAACGGCGACAGCAGGGCUACCGGGUCUCCGACGUGGUGGAGCUGCGGGAGACGACGUCUUGCUUGCAGAGUGACACCCUCGCCGACGCCUGUAAGAAGCUCUGCCAAUCCGGGCGUACCGCAGUGGUGGUGCUCACCAGCACGAGCGGUGAAAUCCAUGGAGUGCUUACAGAAAACGACAUCCUACAAGCGAUCGUCGAAGGUGUUGAGUGGGAGCAACCUCUCGAAAGAUGGCUAAAGGACGGACCAGCCCGGCUUCCCGGGUUCUUGGUACCUCCCAUGACGCUGCAAGCCGAGACUCCUCUCGUGGAGGCCGCCAAGCUGAUGUCGGAGCAGUCCGGCAGCAAGUUCUCCUGCCACCAUUUGCUGGUCCAGGUCCCUGGUGGCCAGUUGGAUGCCUCUGGACGGCCUUUGAAAGCCCGGCUCCUUUCCGCCCUUGACAUUGCCAAUGGCAUGCUCGAGGCUUCGAAAUCAUCAGUGGCAGCAGAGAAAGCUUUGGCUCUUUCCGUCAAGCACAUCAUGAAGCCGCGGACAUCUGUACCUACAUGCACUUCCACGCAGAAUUUGUCGGAGGCAUUUCGCCUCCUGUCUGGAUCGCAGCAGAACUGCGUCCUGGUGAACGACGAGAAGAAUGCGGACGAUGAGGCUGGCCAGGCAGAGCAGCCAGACGAAGACUCCACGAAGGGUGUAGUUACACCUGUGGAUGCAUUGCUGGCUUUCUCGGAGAAGAUCUCUGGAGAGAGUCGGAUACUUCGAGACUGGGUUCGCGGGGUCAAUGGCAUGCCGGCAACGUCGGAACGCUUUGUUGAAGAAUCCACGCCCUUGGCAUCUGCAGCCUCGACGAUGGCCUUCUCGGGACAGCACCACCUACUCGUGGUGCAGGCCCAAAGCUCUCGCGUCCUUGGCGUUGUAUCCGCGCUGGACAUCGUGCGUGCGCUGAGUCGCUUGUUUCACGUGAGUGAGGCGUAA